CUGCUAUCAGUUGUUUGCCGGCCUUUGAAUAAAACAGUUCGUUUCGGAAAAAAAAGGAAACUAAAAAUCGUAAUAAAAGUGGUUCCCCAUCUGUCGAUGUUAGUCGUAUUGGCGGAAUUUUUGUCAAAGUCGUUUUUUGUAUUCUUCUUCUAAUACUCUCUGCUGCUGUGAAAGUGAUAAACGCAUCGCAUUUUGUGUGGAAUCCGAGUGUAUAUAACAAUUUGCCAACUUAUAUCCAUGCUCACAAAGGCGACACACAAUUAGUUCCCUCUUUUAAUAAGAACAUCCUGCCCCGAGGGAGGGAGAGAGAGAAAAACGAUAAAACGCUUGCAAAACCUAUUGUACCAAAAUACCUUAAUUGCCAAUGGUUACACAUCCUCAUGAGAACCUAAAUAUGGAAGCUGUUAGAACGGGCAAUUCUGCCCUGCUCACUAGCCAACGACGUGGCUAUACAAUAUCACGUGGCACUCUAAUACUUGCCGUGGCAUUUUUCCUCUGUACCCUGGUCACGGUAUCGGUGUUGAUCUACAAUUUUGCUACAUGCGACAAAUUGAUACCGGCCGAGGAUGAGAACAUCGUCUGCACCACGGUACACUUGAAACACAAGGCGAACGAGACAAAUGCCACAUCGCUGGCCGUGCCACAUCACGAGCGAGAUGUACGCCUGCCACGUUCAAUAAAACCGCUCAAGUACAAUAUCUCAUUGGAGCCGUACCUGUUCGAGGGUAACUUUACCUUUGACGGUGAAGUUCAAAUCAAUAUUCUGGCUGUGGAGGAUUGCUACAACAUAACCAUGCAUGCCGUCGAUUUGAAUAUUUCCAAGAACGAUGUAAACAUACGACGCGGACGACGACGUCAUGGACAGACACUCGAGAACACGAAGGAAAUAGAUAAAGAACAAACAACAAAUGACUCCGAUGGAACAGAAUUGCGUAUACGCAAACAAUACCUGCAGGAGGCUAAACAGUUCUUCGUUAUUGAGUUGUACGACAAACUUGUACAGAAUACGGAAUACGUGAUUAAUAUCAAAUUUAGUGGCUUAAUUCAGGACACUUUGCAGGGCUUCUAUCGCAGUUCGUAUCAGGUGGGAAAUGAGACCAGAUGGUUAGCCUCAACACAAUUCCAGGCCACCGAUGCACGUAGGGCAUUUCCAUGUUUCGAUGAACCCGCUCUUAAGGCGAAAUUCGCUUUAAAUAUUGCACGACCAAAACAUCUAUCAACAAUUUCGAAUAUGCCCGUAGUCAGGACGAGACAGCACGAUACCUUACCCGACUAUGAAUGGGAUUACUUUGCUGAAUCGGUGCCGAUGUCAACAUACUUGGUAGCCUAUAGUAUAUCGGAUUUCAGCCAUUUAUCGGAAGGCAAUUUCUCAGUAUGGGCUCGUCACGAUGCCAUACAAUCAGCCUCCUAUGCCUUAAGUAUGGUGCCCAAAGCGUUGAAAUUCUUUGAAGACUUCUUCGAUAUACCAUUUCCAUUGCCAAAAAUCGAUAUGAUUGCACUGCCGGAUUUUGCAUCGGGAGCUAUGGAAAACUGGGGUCUCAUUACGUACAGAGAAACAAGUAUGCUCUUUGAAAAGGGCAUCUCCGCCUCGACCUACAAACAACGUGUGGCCACUGUGGUGACCCACGAAUUGGCCCAUCAAUGGUUUGGUAAUUUGGUUACACCCACCUGGUGGAGUGAUAUCUGGUUAAAUGAGGGCUUUGCCAGCUACAUGGAAUAUGAAUCCUUGAAGAGCAUAGAACCCGAUUGGCGUAUCAUGGAUCAAUUUGUGGUCAAUACCUUGCAGAAUGUCUUUCAAUUGGAUGCCAUGUCAUCGUCACAUAAAAUAUCCAUAGAAGUGGGGAAUCCGGAGGAGAUUAGUGAAAUUUUCGAUAGGAUAUCUUAUGAUAAGGGUUCAACGCUGAUCAGAAUGAUGGGUCACUUUCUGACCUCACCGGUAUUCCGCAAGGGACUGCACAACUACUUAAAGGAAUUAUCCUACCGUUCCGCCGAACAAGAUGAUCUGUGGCAUUUCCUUACCUUGGCAGCCAAAUCCGAAGGCUUGCUAGAUCGUAAUGCCACGGUAAAAGAUAUUAUGGACACAUGGACUUUGCAAGUGGGUUUCCCGGUGGUCCAUGUCACCAAGCAUCCCAAUACGAAUGUCAUACGUUUGGAACAACAACGUUUUGUCUAUAAGAAAUUCAAUAACACGGGCAAUGCAACACAAGAAGAUCCCCUCUGGUGGAUACCCAUUACCUAUACCACCGCUGAGGAAUUGGAUUUCGAAAAUACUCGCCCAAUAACAUGGAUUCCCCGUUCCAAGAUUUAUGAAAUCGAAAGUCGCAAUUUAUCUGCUGCCGAUUGGUUUAUAUUUAAUAUUCAACAGAGCGGUUACUAUCGUGUCAAUUAUGAAUUACAAAAUUGGCAAGCGAUCAUGGAACACCUAAUGGAUGUGAAGAAAUUCAAACAAAUAUCGCCCUCGAAUAGGGCUCAACUAAUCGAUGACGCCAUGAAUUUGGCUCGUGCAGGUUAUCUGAGUUAUGAUUUGGCUUUGAAUUUGACCAGAUAUUUGGUGCACGAGGAUGAUACAACGGCGUGGAAGGCAGCAAUGAAUGCUUUCAAUUUCCUGGAUGCCAUGUUCGGAAGCAUGGGAGAAUAUGAUGUGUUUAAGAGAUAUCUGCUAAAACUUUUGGACAAUCUCUACAAUCAAUUGGGCUUUUCAGAGUCGAAGAACGAAAACAAUAUGCUGGAACAUUUCAAACGUGCUGAAAUUCUUAACAUGGCCUGUCAUUUGGGUCAUCGUCAAUGUAUUGCUGAAAGUGUGCGACAUUUCCAAAAUUGGAUGCAGGUUCCAAAUCCAGAUGUAAAUAAUCCAAUAUCACCAGAUCUGCGAAGCAUAGUCUAUUGCACGGCCAUUGCAUUUGGUACCGAGGGUGAAUGGGAUUUUGCCUUUGAACGUUUCAAGAUGUCAUCGGUGUCAACGGAAAAAGAAAUCCUUCUAUCUGCCUUGGGCUGUUCUCGUGAACCAUGGAUUAUCUCGCGGUUCUUAAAAUAUUCCAUUAGCGGAGAGAAUGACAUAAGAAAACAGGAUGUGUAUCGGGUAUUUAUGGGUGUAACAUCCAAUGUGGUGGGACAGAAAAUUGCCUUCGAUUUUAUGCACACCAAUUGGGAGUACAUGAAGUCAUACCUCAGUAAUGCCAUGCUAACUUAUAACAUGGUCCUGGAAGUGGUCACAAAACGUUUCAAUACCAAAUACCAAUUUGCCGAUUUGCAGGCGUUCAUUAAAAACGAAUUGAAAGACUCAAGUCGUUCGGUGGAGCAAAUACUCGAACAUGUACAGGAUAAUGUGAAUUGGAUGGAUCACAACUACAAAGUCAUUGCCGAGUGGCUACGAGCGGAAGCCCGUAGACACGAAUAAGUAUUCUAUUCAAACACACAAACCAUUCAAAGUCCACCCACCCAAAAUAUAUAUAUAUAUUUUUUUAAAUGUAUUUAAUUUUCUUAAUUUUAUAACAAAUUUACUUUUGUAUAUGUAAUUAUAUUUAAUAUUAUUACUCUUAAACAUUUUUUGAGCUCUAUUGUGUAUUGUGUUUUAUUUUAUAAAAACUCAAAAAAAGCAAGUUUCAAACAUAUGUCAAAUUAUUAAUGUUAAAUAACAAGUGUACGAACAAAAUAAUAAUAAAAGAAAUGGCAUCAACAUGUUUACCACUUAAGUCCCGAAGAAUAAUCCAAAGAGUUAAAAACAGAUCAAAAAUUAAUUUAUUAAUAAAUGUAUCUAUGUACGUAUGAAUGAAUGAAUUUUGUUAGUAAAGUACUUAAAACAACAUUCUUGAAUAAAAUAAUAACGUUUUGAACAUUUUGUCGAAUGUAAA